UCAAUGAUUAUAUUAUAUCGGUGGGUGUGAUGCAGGCUUGAUUACCGCUUAAUGAAUUUCGAAUUAGAUAUUUGCAGAAAAUCGCGUUGGAAUUGUAAAUUAUAUAGAAUGCUUCGGUGUAUAUCACACCUAAGAUAAUUAAAAUGUGUUCGCUGUCAAGCGGGGAUGAAAGUGACCCCGAAGAAAUAGACUGGACAAAAGAAUUACAAAGUAAUAGACUAUUGAUUGUAAAGAAUGUGGAUUACAUAAAACUGGCACCUGCCCUACAGGGCGCACUAAUAUUCGAUCGAGAUGACAAUGAACUUAUCAGCAACCAUGUUUUGAAUCCAACAACCCUGUCAAAAGCAAACGCAAUGGUGGACAAACUUCUACGCAAAGGAAAAGAAAAUUAUGAAAAAUUCAUGGAGAUCAUGGGAGGAUAUUAUCCGAACGUUUACACAAAGAUAACCAAUCGGGACCCACCUCCACCAUCUGCCGAACAUGCCGCACCCGAGGGUGUUCACGGCGAAGUUCUGAGUUUUGUUUUUGCAAAGUUGUCGGAAACGAGGCAAGAAUGCGAAGGACUAUCGAUGCAUAAUAAUGCAUUACGCCAACAAAUAACGAACUACUCAACGGAGCUCGAACAACUUAGAGACGCCACAGGAAAAUUUGAAGCCAGACAAGAACGCUAUGAACGAUUGGAAAUUGAUAUGGAGACUUUGAAAAAAGAUGCGGAAAAUAUGAAAUCCGAAUACUACAGAGUUUGCAUGAGACUUGUCAAUACAAGUGAAGAAAACUCAAAACUUCGAGAACAGAAUAUGUUACUCAAAUUAGAGAAUGACAAAUCGGUGCAAGACCGAAGAAAGCUCGAAAAUAGAAUCAAGUCCGAGAGAUCGCAUUCCGUUCGAUUACGUCAUCAACUCGAUACAGUACCAAGCGAAAAAGAUCUUAAGAAAAUGCAGCAGGAAAUUCAGGAUCUCAGAAUCAAAGUUGUCCAGUCGCACGAUACAACGGUGAACAAUUCGGAUGAGAGCGUUGAUGACAGAAUAGAGAUGUUGCAAAAUGAUUUACGCGAUGCCUUGGACCAUUAUCAAGAAAUGUCUCUCAGUUUAAAUAAAGUCAGAGAAGAACUUAGUGAAUCCGAACAGAUUCAAAUGAAGUACCUUGAAGACAAUGAGACUUUGCAACUACAAUGCACUGCAUUGACCGAUGAUUGCAAAAUGUACAAAGAAAGGUCUGACAUUGUUUGGGAGCAAAAGAAAGAAGUUGAGAAGGAAAGAGAUCAGCUUCUUCGGGAACGAAAUGAAGCCCAACUGACUUUACAAAGUUACAUGGAUGAAAAAACAAAAUACCGAUAUAAAAUUCAUCAGCUGGAAGAUUGCCAAGAAAAAUUAACACAGGAAUUGAAAGAAAAUGAAAAUAUAAUCAAAGCUUUGAGAGAGGAGUUGAAUCCUCCCCCGCGUGAAACCACAAAAUCGCUACCUUUGGACUUAAUUCAACAGCUGCCGAGUGACAUUGAUGAAAAAGAAUCUCUGUCAGAAACUCUUGCUAUGCCGAAAAGAAGAGACAGGAGUGAACGAUCCCCUGUACGACGACGUGCAAUGAAACCAAGUCAUUCACCUGCAAGAUCAAGAGAGAGAUCUUUAACAGAUUUCAUCAGAGAGGAUAUAUUUCACAAACUUGUUCAUAAAGAUGGACGCGUGUAUGAGCUCAAUAUUUCUGUGAAAAGUAUUCAAAAUCAAGUAGAAUUUGUUGGAGGAAACGAGACCGGAAUAUUUUUUGGUGAAGUUGAGAAAGGUUCCUACGCUGAUGUUAUCGGGAUCGUACCCGGUAUGAAACUAUUGAAGAUUGCCAUGAACGAACGAAGCAUUAGAGAACUCCAUCUGAGGAACUGUACUCUGGAAAACGUCAUCAAUAUUUUCCAAGAAAUAGGGGAUUCUGUGACGAUCUCUAUCCAAUACAAAGAAGAACAAUUUAACCAACUUAAGCAAAGAUGUAAAAAUGGGAAAUGUUCAGGAGAUUCCUUUUACGUGAGAGCAAAUUUUACUCUAAGAAAAGAAGGAUUCUUGCAAUUCGAAAAAGGAACUGUACUUCACGUUGUUCACACAAGGUCACCAAAAAAUAAAAACUGGAUUGCUCGCAUUGUUGAUCCAUACAGUGGCGAAGACACCAUAAGAUCCGGUGUGAUACCCAGCUAUAGAAAUUGUAUUUCCAACAGCCAAAUAUUCAAAAGUCACCAAUCUCUCAAUCGGCCUCUAAGCGCGAUUGAUCUGACAAGAAUUUUUCGGUCUGCAACCGUACCGCAAGAAUCCUCUGCCCAUUUGACAGCGGAUGACGUAGUUAGUCGAUUGAAGUGCUCUCCGUACACAGUCGUAAAAAAAGCUCCAAAAGAAAAAGUCCAUUAUCGUCCAUGCCUCUUUGUCCCAAGAAGUCUUUCGACUGUGUUAAGUUUCAAGCUAACAACAAUGACCGAACCGUUCCAGUUUGAUCUGCCCAAACCAGCUUUAGAAAAGUGCAACGAAGAACAAGCAUUUCGUCGUGUGGUGAACACCGAGGCUAUUUCUUGUAAAUGCAUCAAUGAUGAAAAGUUCGAAUUUGUGACAGUCGAAGCUGUACAGAAAAUAAUAAGCAAUGAAAAGCAUUGCAUUUUGCCCUACAACGAAAAACCAAUGUCAAUCGAAAGUUUUGUCACAUUGCUGCACAUAAAAGGAAUCUAUCCCAUCAUACUUUAUCUUACUGCUGAAAAAGAGAAAGUAAUCAAAUUUUUAUUACAACCCGAACAAAAAGACUUGACUUCAAUGUUUCAAGAUAUGAGAAAGGACAAACUCUUGCUCGACAAGGCAGUUCCACAAUAUGCAACAGUCAAUCUUGAAAGGUGCACCAGAUUAGAAGAAGCAGUUCAGCAAGUAAUGGAACUGGUAGCAGACGAAACAAACAAAAUUAUUUGGAUUUCAGGCAAAUCUGACGUUCAGAUAUAAGAUUGAAAGUAUAAUUCCUGCGCAUGAAACCGAACAAAAUCUAAUAUAUAUGGCAGAUAAUUUCGUAACAUAAAAACUUUUUUCGUAUAUAUAUAUUCUGUUUUAUAACAUGUAUGAAACUUUUCCAUUUUCAAUAUAGUAUCUAUCAAGUAGGCAGGCAGUGAGUAAUAAU